AUGAUUUACCUGUUCGAUAUUCUCGCCCUUGGUGUUGCGGCAUGGCUUGCAUACAAACUUGCUCUCUACGGUCGACGGGAAAAGAAUCUCCCACCUGGUCCUCCCACCACCUUCUUGCUUGGAAACAUUCCCGAUAUACCUAGCAAGAAGGCGUUCCAUGCUUUCGCUGGUUGGGCCAGGGAGUACGGCGAGAUCUAUUCUCUCAAGCUCGGCCACAAGACCACGAUUGUACUCAACAGCCCCGCAGCCGUCGAAGCCAUCAUGGAAAAAGGAAGUCGUGUUACCCAAGAUCGUCCCAAGAUGUGGCUCUUUGACCACUAUAUGUACGACCACGAUCACCUGAUAUUUUCGAGUGUGCCGUCGAAGGUCUACCAGCUUCGGCGUGUCUUCGCCACGUUUCUCAAUCAAACGACCGCUCAGUCCUAUCUUCCAAUACAGAACGCAGAAUCUUGCCAACUUCUGUACGAUAUCAUGUUCCAGCCCGACGGAUUCUUCACUGGUGUCAAGCGGUUUACGAUCUCGCUGAUGUUCUCGUUAACUUAUGGGACUCGCGCAUCAAGGAUUGAUACACCCCUUGCCGCUCUCUAUUACGAAGCCGCGGACAAAACCAACGAGCUUCUUGCUGAUAGAUCAGCGUCACUCGAUUUCGUUCUGAUCUUGCGCGUUAUGCCAAGCUGGAUGGUUUCGUGGAGGAAACAGACCGACUGUCUGAACGCCCAGGAGAGGCAACUGACGUCAGAGCUUAUGCAGAAGCUCAGUUCUCGUAGGAAAGCGCGCCAGGUUGGCACCAAUUCCUUCAUGGAGCAAAUUCUUGAUAACUCGAAGGAGUUCGGACUUACGGACAACAUGAUGCACACACUACCGCUUCUGAUCCUCCAGGCUGGUGCUGAUACCACGGCGUGUGCCAUGUUAUCUGUGAUUCUGCUGCUGCUCGGGCAAGAUGACGUACUGGCAAAGGCUCAUGCUGAACUGGAUGCUGUUGUGGGACGUCAUCGACUCCCAGUACUUUCCGACAUGGAAUAUCUUCCGUAUAUUCGGGCAAUUAUCAAAGAGUCAGAACGGCUUCGCCCGACAAAUCCAUUGGGCUUUCCUCACGCUGCUACAGAAGAUCAAACAUAUGCAGGUUAUGUUGUGCCUGCGGGUGUAACAGUUCUAUGCAAUACAUGGGCGCUAGGGCAUGAUCCGACGCUGUUCACAGAUCCGGAGAACUUUUCACCGGAAAGGUGGUUAGACCCAGCAGACAGGCAUGCGGAUACUUGGCCAUUUGGUAUCAGCCGCCGGGUAUGUCCGGGAAUGCACCUCGCAAGGAACAGCGUGGCUCUUGUCAUCACGCGACUGUUGUGGGCUUUCGACAUCAAAAAGAAAAUUGAUCCAAUGUCUGGGUGUCCUAUUGAAGUCGAUACUCUGGACUAUGCUGAGGGUCUUGUACUCUGCCCGAACAAGUUCCAAGCGGACUUCAUAUUGAGAGGCAGAGAAAGCGCAGAAACAAUCCGUCAUGAAUUGCGCGAAGCUAUCCCCCAGCUUGAGAUGCACGAAGGAAGCCUGGAACAGAGCGACAAAGACCACAUUCAGCAUAUGAGAACAGCAUUGUAG